GGGUUCAGAAACCAGCAUCUGCUUGUGCCUUUGUGUGUGCGUGGCUUUGCAUGGCUGUCUCGCGCCGGUGUCCCCGUUUUUCACAGCCUGGCGUUUGGUCGUGGGGGUCGGUGGGCUCUCCGCGUGUGUCCGCUUACGUGGUCUGUGCCUGUCGACGUGUCUGGGUUGGGUGUCCGUGGGGCAUGUGCGCGCGCUAGGACCUGGGCUGUCCCGACUCCCUGCUCCCCUGCUGUCCACCGUUUUCCCCCUACUUGGCUCCAAACUUUUCUCCGGGUUCCUCCAGCAACGCCUGCUGGCAGCCCUCCUCUCUCUCACCUCCGGAGGUCCUUCAAGCCGCGAGGGGAAGGGAUAGGAUUGGUGGGUCGGGGGUGAUCGCAGUGCCUGGCGACUGGCCCGGGCCAGGACUGGGCGGAGCGUGCUGGACACCCUCACAGGACCCUAGAGGGAGGAGGGAGGGACGCGGCUGGUCUGGGCUCCGGCCUGAGGCUGGAGACACUGGAGUAGCGCGUUGCUGGCAGUUGUCUGUCUCCCGCUUCUGCGACAGAGUAUGGACGGAGAAACCUGCGAGACGGAGAGACUUGUUUGGUUUUGAGUGUCGCUCGACAUUUAACCGGACCCCAGAGUCAGGGGACUAACCUUCCGAUCCAAUAGCACCCUGGAGCGUGGUGAAGCAUGCUGGGAGGCACCCGGUCUGGCACCUAGCCUGGAGAGACACAGCAGCCCACGCUGUGUAUCUGUCAGUGUCUUGGCUGUACUGGUCAUGUCCCCUCUAGGGGGACAUACCUCCAGUCCUUACAGGAGCUCUUUGAAGGACUGUCCUCCCCUUUCAUCUUCCCUGUAGUGCACCCAAAUCACAGGUGCCGCCAUGUUGUCCUCCCUGUUCGUGCUGCUCCUGGCCAUAGGCAGAGGACAGACAACUCGGCCAUGUUUUCCUGGAUGCCAGUGUGAGGAAGAGACUUUCGGCCUCUUUGACAGUUUCAGCCUGACUCGCGUGGACUGCAGCAGCUUGGGCCCCCACAUCGUGCCUGUGCCCAUCCCUCUGGACACAGCCCACCUGGACCUGUCUUCCAACCGGCUAGAGACCGUGAAUGAGUCGGUGCUGGCAGGGCCAGGCUAUACCACACUGGCUGGCCUGGAUCUCAGUCACAAUCUGCUCACCAGCAUCGCGCCCACUGCCUUCUCCCGCUUGCGCUACCUGGAGUCUCUCGACCUCAGUCACAAUGGCCUGGCCGCCCUGCCAGCAGAGAUUUUCACCAGUUCCUCCUUGAGUGAUGUCAACCUCAGCCAUAACCGACUACGGGAGGUGUCAAUAUCUGCCUUCUCCACCCAAAGCCAGGGCCGGGCACUGCAUGUAGACCUUUCCCACAACCUUAUCCACCGCCUGCUCCCCCAUCCAGCCCGGGCCAGCCUGCCUGUACCUACCAUUCAGAGCCUGAACCUGGCCUGGAACCGGCUCCGUGCUGUGCCUGAUCUCCGAGACCUGCCUCUGCGGUAUCUGAGCCUGGAUGGGAACCCUCUGACUACCAUCAACCCCGGUGCCUUCAUGGGGCUGGCAGGCCUCACCCACCUGUCACUGGCUAGCCUACAGAGUGUCCUCCAGUUAGCACCCCAUGGCUUCCGAGAGCUCCCCGGCCUACAGGUCCUGGAUUUGUCAGGCAACCCCAAGCUCAAGUGGGCAGGAGCCGAGGUGUUUUCAGACCUGGGCUUGCUGCAGGAACUAGACCUGUCAGGUACCAGUCUGGUACCCGUACCUGAGAUGCUGCUCCAUCACCUCCCUGCUUUACAAAGUGUUAGUGUAGGCCAAGACGUUCAGUGUCGGCGCCUGGUGCGGAAGGGUGCCUACCCCCGGCAGCCUGGCUCCAGCCCUAAGGUAGUCCUACACUGUGGAGACACCCAGGAAUUUGCUGCCAGGGGCCCAGACAUCUUGUGACAAAUGGUGUGGCCUGGGGCCACUUGACAGACUGCUGUCCUGGGCUUGCUCAGGUCCCAGCUAACUUAUAUUUCAAUGUGCCAAUGCCUGUGGGGAGUCUAUAGGCCUAGGUGAUGGCAUCUCAGUAAAGUUGUGGGCCAGGGAUAGCUUUCGUACCUGGGGGCUAUACCCAGUAACAAAAUCUACCCAUUUGUCUCAUUGGCUCAUUUCCCAGAACUAUGAGCAGAGGGACUUUCAUGCCAAACCAGACUCUGGUCCCUUCCUGAGCCCUGCCCCUGUUGUCCCUAAGUGCCUUCCCUUUUGCCUGGACUGACCUGACCCGUGAUGUGGGAGGGUGGGAGGGUGGGCGCCACCACUGCAGAUGCUGCCUCAGGUCCUCUGGCUGAGGGCUCCUUUGAGCUCAGUGUCUAAUGCUCUGGGUCUAUGAGGCCUAUUUCUUCCUUUUCUCAUGAAAUCCUGGGUAGACUGUUGAGUAUAGAAGGACUUAGAGAGAAAAUCAAACCCACCCUCCUUGGAAGUAUGGGACCAAGAGCAGCACACAUGCUCACCUGAGGUCUUGGAGAGGUGUGAAGAGCCCAGCCUCCCGCUGAGCCCCCAAUCUCUGUCAUCCAUCCUCUCCCCUUGCUGGAUGACCUGUUACCAUUGUCUGUUCUCUUUCCCAUUAUGCCUAGUGGUAUCAACAGCAAGGUCACAGAGGUGGGACUCCAGGUCUAAUGGCCAGCUUAUGGUAUGAGUCCACCUUUCAGAGCCUCAGGAAGCUUGGGACAUACCAGUCCCAAGCCUGUCAGUUUCUUAUUGUGGGGUGGGGGGUCCCCUAGCAUCAAGACUGGAAGCUUGCACAUUUUCCCUAGAGACCCUGCCUCGAGGUGCUUCCUAAGAAGUCAAUGCAGUUGUGGCUAUUUGGCUGUGAGCUCCAAGGGGACUUGUGGACUUGGUGUCCAUGGGCCAGAGCCCAAAGACCCAUUUAAUCCUCCAGGAGUUUGUCAGAAAGAGACAGGGUUUCCCAUCCACAUUAUGCUUACCCCAGGGUCACAUCUCAGCUCUCUAGCCCUGGACUCUUUCCUUCGUCUUCAUUUUAUAAGAGUCAUUCCCUUUUCUUAAUGAACUGUCACUUUUAACCCUCACCUCUGCUGGCCGGGGAUGGAGAUGACGAUAAAUGUAUUUGUUCACUUUUCUAAGACUGUUCUGGGCAUGCGUUGGGGGUGUUGGGAAAGAAGCCAGCUGCUCUAAGUGACCGUUGGGCAUCGGGGCUGGCCCCAGAGAUGCUCACAAGGCAGUGAGAGCUCUGUCUUCCCACACCAGCCCAGCCCAGCCCCCGACUGGUCCUCAGUUUAAUAAAUACAUAGAAGAGUC